AUGUGGAGAAGAGACCUUGAAUACAGGCUGCGCUUAAUCGUCCUCCUUACAGCCACGGUAGCUGGGAGUGACCAUCUUCACUACUCGGUCCCUGAGAAAGCCAAACACGGCACCUUCGUGGGCCGCAUUGCGCAGGACCUCGGGUUGGAACUGGAGGAGCUGGUGCCGCGCCUGUUCCGGGUGGCGUCCAAGGAGCGCGGGGACCUUCUGGAGGUAAAUCUGCAGAAUGGUAUUUUGUUUGUGUAUUCUCGGAUCGACCGGCUCUUGCCACCUCCGCUGUGUGGGCAGAGCGCGGAGUGCAGUAUCCACCUGGAAGUGAUCGUGGACAGACCGCUGCGGGUUUUCCACGUGGAGGUGGAGGUGAAGGACAUUAACUACAACCCGCCUGUGUACAGAGAAAUGGAACAAAACGCACUUAUUUUAAAAUCUAAGCCGCUGGGCACUAGCUUUCCUCUAGAGGGCGCUUCUGGUGCAGAUACUGGCAUAAAUUCUGGCCUGUCGUUAGGACUAAAGAAGUAUUUUGCACUUAAAAACUCAACAAAAAAGAAACGCAUAUUGCGUAUUCUUCUGAAGUCAUUGAGUAGGCUGGAAUAAUCAGAACUGAAUGUAUUGAUGAUGGUCAUCGAUAGCAUUAAAAUGGAGCUAACAGGAUCUGCUCAGAUUCUUAUAACCAUCCUGGAUGUAAAGGACAGCGGCAUAGAAUUUCAUAAAGCUGUUUAUGAAGUAAUAUUGUUUGAAAAUGUUCCAAACUUCACGACAAUAAUUCAACUCUGUGCUUCUGAGUUAGAUGAAGGCUUGAAUAAAGAAAUUUUCUAUGGAAUGAAAAUAAUUUUGCCCAUAAGUGAGAAAUGGUUUUCAGUAAAUCUAGACAAAAGUGAAAUGAGAAUUCAUGUAGAACUAGAUUUUGAACAGAAUAAUGCUUAGAUUCAAGUUAAUGACAUUGAUAAAUGGAAUUCUUCUAUGCUUGGUCAAUGUAUAGACCAGAUGGAAAUUCUGGAGCUGAAUGAUAAUGUCCUUGAGGCAAUGGUCAUUUUGCUAUAACUCCUUGUACUAAAGGAUGCUAAGGAUGACAUCCUCAAUGUACUGAUCAAUGUGACUGACUGUGACCGUUGUGUAACUGGAUAAAUGGCCUGCUCCUUGACACUCCAUGUUCCCAUCAAUCUGGUUUUCACCUUCAAGAAUUAGUAUUCGCUGGUGUGGGAGAGUGCCCUGAACUGUGAGGGUGUGCCUGGCUAGAAGGAGGUGGUGAUGACUGUGCAUGAUGGAUGUUCACCUCUGCCAUGGGCCUUGGCCACCAUGUCCGUGGAAGUAGAUGACUUGUAGGACAAGGCACUGGUGUUUGUGCAGCCCAAGUAUAUCAUGCUCAUGGAGAACAACCAGAUGGGCUCCUACAACUUUUCUGUUCUUCUCCCCUCUUGGGCCCCAGGAGCUGAGGAUUCGCUGGUGUCCUACUCGCUGGUGGAGCGGCGCGUGGGCGAGCGCGCGCUGUCGAGCUACGUGUCUGUGCACGCGGAGAGCGGCAAGGUGUUCGCGCUGCAGCCGCUGGACCAUGAGGAGCUGGAGCUGCUGCAGUUCCAGGUCAGCGCGAGGGACUCUGGUGUGCCUGCCCUGGGGAGCAACGUGACUCUGCAGGUGUUCGUGCUUGAUGAGAAUGACAAUGCGCCCACGCUGCUGGGGCCCCAGACCAAUGGUGUGUUGAGCGAGAUGGUGUCGCGAUCAGUGGGCGCUGGCCACGUGGUGACGAAGGUACGUGCAGUGGAUGCUGACUCUGGCUACAAUGCGUGGCUGUCUUAUGAGCUGCAAGAUUUCGCGGCUGGUGCACGCAGCCCAUUCCGCGUGGGUCUGUACACUGGUGAGAUCAGCACAACUCGUGCCCUGGAUGAGAUGGAUGCGCCACGCCAGCGACUGUUGGUGCUGGUCAAGGACCAUGGGGAGCGAAAGCUGACUGCCACUGCCACCGUGGUGGUGUCUCUUGUGGAGAAUGGCCGUGCCCCGAAGGUAUCUUCAAGGGCCUUGGUGGGCAAUGGGAGUACUGAAACGGCCUUGGUGGAUGUGAACUUGUACCUGAUCGUCGCUAUCUGCACUGUGUCCAGCCUGUUUGUGCUCACGCUGUUGCUGUACUCUGCACUGCAGUGCUCUACACCCCACGAGUAUAUGGGCGGGCCUGGGAAGCCCACGCUGGUCUGUUCCAGCGCGGUGGGGAGCUGGUCAUUCUCGCAGCAGAGGGGGCAGAGGGUGUGUUCUGGGGAGGGCCCACCCAAGACAGACCUUAUGGCUUUCAGCCCUAGUCUUCCUCCUGUUCUGGGUUCUAAAGAGGAAACACACCAGGACAAUGAGCAGGCAGAACUCUCGAAAGAGCGGAGAGCCUGGGAAUCCCGCAGAGAAAAAGCCUCUGCCCUUCCUUGGGGGUUUAUAAGGCGUGGUCGGUCACGUUCAUUGGUCCGCCUUGGCAGUCUCCGCCCCGCGCUUCUACGCAGAGUUCCUCCCCCGGGGCGGGCAAUGCAGGAGGUCAUCGUGUAG